AUGAUUAAUUGAUUAUGUGGAGAAUUAAGUGCCGGAUUUAAUGGGAUAAAGAUUUCCGUAUAAACGAAAUUAUCAUAAUCUAAAAAAGGUUAGUUGAGAUUUUUUUUUGACGAGUUAUUAGGGUGACUGUGAUCUUAAUCAAAUUAAAACCCUAAUAACCGAAGCUGAACAUUCUCUGCUAAUCUAUCACCGUACUCCGUUACCAAGAGUCGAGAAGGUGAAUCUGUCUCAACCAAGUUCAAAUCCACUAGAGCCCCUCGUGUUUCCUAAAAGCAAUUUCUCUGCAUACAUGGGAGAUUUUAAAAGCAUAAAAGAGCCAGAAAUUGUCCAAGAGUCACGUACUCGAAAGAAUCACGGCCGUGUCGUUUGGUCACAUGAACUCCACCAGAAGUUUCUCCAUGCCAUUGACCAAUUGGGCGGAAACGACAAGGCUAUUCCCAAGAAAAUACUUGCCGUCAUGAAUGUAGAAGGUCUCACUAGGCUAAACGUAGCCACCCAUUUGCAGAAGUACAGACAAUGUUGUUCAACCGAAGCUCAGCAGCUGAACAUGGCCACAAGAAAACUACCAAGCUCGGAACAUCUGCCCCAAAGUCCAUCGACAAAUCAUCACAGUAGUCUGUCACCAAGAGUCCAGGACGUGAAUAUACGUUUCAACCAACUUCAUCUCCACUAAAGCCCCUCUUGUUUCCUAAAAGCAAUUUCUCUGCAUUCAAGGAAGAUUUUUAAAAGGACCCAAUGCUGCUCUUACUCUCUAUUUAUUUAUGGUUUUUUUUUUUUUCUCUCUCUUUGUGAUGGCUGCAACUUUCUUUUAUUAUUUCCUAUCAGUAUUAUGUUUUGGUUUUUGAUAUCUCUAAUCUCAAUAAUUCAGUCCCAAAAUC